GGCUCGUCUUUAGUUGUUCGCACUUCUAUGAUAAAGGAAAUGAUUGAGUGUCACAGGCGACACUGAAUAUUCCGAGGAGGUAUUUUUGCCCAAAAGAAGACAGAAGACGAAAGGCGUGAUUACAUCAACUAAUGGGCCACGUGGGGACACAACUGUGGAUAUUUGUACAAGAUGGAAGAAAAUAAAACUGAGCCAAGGAACCUAGUACAGAUUAUUUCUCAGUGUUGUCUGGUGAAGUUGAAGCACUGUGAACUAUGAGAUGCUUCCAGAAGAUAAAGUGCACGCUGAAAUGUUUGCUCUGGGUUCCGGCUGCACUCUGUGCUCUCUACUUCACACGUCCAUCCAUGCAUAUUUUGAUAGGUUUCAUACCCAUGGAAAAGUGCUCACUGGAAAAUGGAAAGCUGUCAACCUUGGACAACAGCGUUGAUGUCAGCCUCGACUUUUGGUCUCGAACUGACGUUCAAACAUGCACAACUUGGAAAGCUCCUAUUCUCUGGGAGGGGAUGUUUGACCCUAAAGUUUACGACCAGAACCACAAGAAGGAAGGAUCCUCUGUUGCUCUAACAGUGUUUGCUGUGGGAAGGUACUUGGACGAAUACCUCGAGACCUUUCUGAACUCCUCAGAACAUCACUUUAUGGUGGGUUUGCCUGUGUCCUACUACGUAUUUACCGACAUGCCAGAGAAGGUCCUGCACAUCCAUCUCGGUCCUCAGCGAACCUUGAAAAUGAUCAAAGUGCAACGGCACUCAAGAUGGCAGGACAUUUCGAUGAUGCGAAUGAAGGCAAUAUCAGAUGUCAUAGAGUCUGAUAUUCGCCACCACUCCACGCAUGUCUUCUGCUUCGAUGUAGAUCAGGUGUUCACUGGGAGAUUUGGCUCAGAGGCUCUGGGAGACUCUGUGGCUCUGCUCCACGCCUACUACUACCACCUUCCAAAGAUUUUCUAUACUUAUGACCGAAACCCGAAAUCCAAGGCUUACAUGGAAAACGGGGAUUUCUACUAUCAUGCUGCUGUCUUUGGAGGCUCAUGGAAAAGCGUAAAAUCUCUGGCUGAGGGCUGCUACCAAAACAUCAUGGAGGAUAAACAAAAUAAUGUGGAGGCUUUGUGGCACGAUGAAAGUCACCUAAACAAAUACCUGUGGCUGCACAAACCUAGCAGGGUGCUUUCUCCAGAGUACUGCUGGGAUACCCACAUCGGUUACAGGAGUGACAUUCAAGUCACUCGACUGCUAUGGGCACCAAAACAAUAUGAUAAACUGCGCACACCUUAGUAUUUCUUGGAAUUACACACAAAACCAUGCAAAUUCAGCAACUCUAAUAGCAUGAAAACUAUAUGAAAACACAUUUUUCUCCAUACUCACAAAAUAUGCAAAAGUUGGCAACCAUUUCAAAUAAUGGUAUGAAAACAAUAUGGCAAAGGAACAUUUUCCUAGUUACUCAUGCUUCCUUGAGUUCAUUUACACUCAACUCCAAAAUGCACAAGUUUGCUUACAAGACGUCAGAUAAAUGUCUAUGCAAAUGCCAGAUUUGCUUUCUUAUCAGUGAUUGCAACAUUGUCUUUGUUUAAAAAAAACAGUGCUGAUAAAAGGUCAAACGAGCAAAGCAAACCACAUAUAAUAUACAAUUUUAGCUAGUCUUCAUCCCAUUUCUUCAGCUUCACUUUUUUUUUUUUUGUACUGAUGUCAUAAUCACAGUAUGUGGUAAAAUACACUUCUGGUUUUCAAGUAUUAAGCACGGGCGGCUGAUCUGUUAAAAAAUAAACCCUGUAUUUGAAUUUCAUAUAAAGUUAUUUUGCAUUCCAGCUCAUUAUUCUUCCUUGAUGAAAACCUGGGUAUAAGCCUGUGUUCUGAAUAUUACAGUCAUAAUUUUUAAACAUCAUUUAUAACACAGGAACUUUGAACCAAAGGUUUAGGGUUUAUUGUCAGUUCGUGCUGUUUUUACAAGUGUGCUAUUACUUGGUGUUAUGUUGAAAAAUGACGGAACUGUUUUCUAUAUUUAUAUUGUUGGGGUAUAACAAAUGUUGGUGAGUACAGCUGCAAGUUAUUUUGUACUGAUAUGAAUAA